AAAAUUAUCAUGUAGCCACAGAAAAAUUCAUUUAGAGACUGCCAUCAACUCGUGACCAGAGCUUCGCUGCCAUUAAAUCCUAGUUUCCAGACUCCUUGAAUAUCCUGAAAAAUGGGCAAGAAAGGCAAAAAAGGAAAGAAGGGCAAGAAAAGCGUGCUGAAACCUAUAACGACAGUAGAGCCCGAAAUCCCGCCUGAACCGGUACUGGCUAAAAAUGUGCCCUACUUCUCGUUCGAUCUUAUUAUAACGCGACUGGAGGUCAAGGCCGUUGCUUUGACAGAUCCCAGAAAACUACUAGUGAAGGUCGGCUUUGGGGGCAAAGACCUGAGCCUCACAGCCAGUCGAACAAAUGUGAGCGAGUUCAAGCCAAAUGCCAGCUUAAUUUUUCAGGCGGAGCCACCGAAUCUUUCACAGAAAGUCGAGGAGAAUGGCAUGAAUUUCGAGGUCAUAUACGACGAUCAAUUGGUGGGCUUGGGUAAGCUGAGUCUGCCUAAAAAACUGAGCGAACGGAUAAAACUGGACAUGAAAGCGUUCUCCUACACGAGCACCUGUACCCUAGAAAUGGCGGGAAAACCAGUCGGUGGCCUGGAGUUUCUUUGCAAGCUGUCGAUCAGAUGCGGCGAUUAUGCCAGGGAAGGCGAAACCUGCGCUAAUUUGGACAGAAACAUUAGCCCAAAGGACAUAGUAUUCGUGGUCGGUAAAUCGCAGGCGAAUACCAGCUGCUGUGAUCCCUGCCAAGAUGCUCUGGCAAUCGAUGCGAGAAAGCACAAGGACUAUAGUAUUCAAACAAAUUCUAUUCCUAAAUAGGUGAUGCCACUUUCUAUACAUAAAUAAAUAAAAAGUUUUAAAAGAAAUUAGCUAACAAAUAUUUUAGCUGACUGGUUUAAAUUUCUCUAUCUCUAUUUAUUUUAUAUAAUAGCUCCCAAGACACACUCCUUCUGUCUUUAAAUAUUUGGAAUAAUAAUGCAAACAUUACCCA